CAAAAUGGGGCCAUACUAUACAGUUCAAAAAGAAAACCACAAACCUUUGAUAAAAGCCACAAAUUUCAUUGCACAACUUAUCAUAUCAAAAACUCGAAACUCAAAGUAGACGUCAUGGAACUCGAGCUAGUGUUCAUACCUUCCCCUGGCAUCGGCCAUUUCCGAUCAACGACCGCAGUAGCAAAGCUUCUCGUAGACAGCGACGACCGCAUAUCCGUCACACUCAUCGUCAUCCCUUCACGAUUCUCCGACCAUGCUUCUUCCUCUUACCCGGAGUCCCAGAACCGCCUCAGCUACUGCCUCCUCCCUCCCGGAGAUCAAUCAACCGAGCAUACUUUCAUAUCUUACAUCAACAGCUAUAAACCACAGGUCAGAGCAGCCGUGUCCGAACUCUCCCAGCGUCGGCAGGUGGCUGGGAUUGUCGUGGACAUGUUCUGCACGUCCAUGACUGACAUUGCCAACGAGUUUCACCUCCCGACGUAUAUGUUCUACACGUCGAACGCUUCGUAUCUUGGACUACAGUUCCACGUUCAGUCUCUUUAUGAUGAGAAAAAACUGGACGUGAGUGAGCUGAAUGACUCAGACGCUGAGUUUGAGUUUGAAGUUCCCACUUUGACUCGGCCUUUUCCGGCAAACUGUUUGCCUUCUUUUAUGUUAAGCAAAGAAUGGUUUCCUUACAUAUUGAGUCGAGCUAGGACUUUGAGAGAAAUAAAGGGUAUUAUUGUAAAUUCUGUAGCGGAGAUGGAACCUCAAGCGUUGAAGUUCUUUUCCGACAGUAACUCUACUCCUCCUGUCUACCCGGUGGGACCUAUCUUGGACCUCAAAACUGGUGACGAUUCUAAAGAUGAGAAGGGAAUAGAGAUUCUAAGUUGGUUAGAUAAGCAACCGCCAAGAUCGGUGGUGUUCCUCUGUUUCGGAAGCAUGGGAGGCUUCAGCGAGGAGCAAACGAGAGAAACCGCUGUUGCUCUUGAGCGAAGUGGCCACCGGUUCCUCUGGUCGGUCCGUCGUGCUUCACCGGAUGAUAAGAUAGCUCCGUCUCUUCCAGAAGAUUUCACGAACUUGGAGGAGAUUCUCCCGGAGGGGUUUCUUGAACGAACGGCGGAGAUUGGAAAGAUCAUUAGUUGGGCUCCACAGGUCGAUGUGCUUAAGAGUCAUGCGGUAGGAGGGUUUGUGACGCAUUGUGGAUGGAACUCGACUCUCGAGAGUCUUUGGUUCGGCGUUCCGACAGCAGCUUGGCCUAUGUAUGCGGAACAACAGUUUAACGCGUUUCAAAUGGUGGAGGAGGUUGGUUUGGCGGCGGAGAUACGUAAAGAUUACCGGAGAGAUAAUAUAUUGGGGGGUUCGGAGGUGGUGACGGCUAAGGAGAUAGAGAGUGGGAUUAACUGCGUGAUGGAGCAGGGUAGCGAGAUGCGUAAGAAGGUUAAAGAGAUGAGCGAUAAGCUUCACGUGGCGUUGAUGGAUGGUGGAUCUUCGAACGCCGCUUUGAAGAAGUUUAUCCAAGACGUAGUUGAAAAUGUUAUGUAGGAGCUCGUUCAUAUGUUUGUGAUUGGAUAAGGUUGAAUUAAAGAAUAAAAAUUCAGUAGUGACUAAACAUUACAAGGAAGAUGUUUUCGCAUGAAUUUCUCUAUAUUUUAAAAAACUUAUUAA